GUCCUCUUUCUACGUGUUCACGGUUACUUGUAUAAUCUUCUUGUCCUUUCCUUUUUUUCAUAGAUUAUCAUAAUGCCUUACGCUGCAGGUGACCUUGACAAAGGUGCUUCUCUGUUCAAGACGAGAUGUCUCCAAUGCCACACCACCGGUGCCGGCGAACCUAACAAGGUUGGCCCCAACUUGCAUGGUCUCUUUGGUCGUAAGACCGGUCAGGUCGAAGGUUUCUCGUAUACGGCUGCAAACAUCAACAAAGGUGUGACGUGGAGCGAGGACACUCUUUUCGACUACCUCGAGAACCCUAAAAAGUAUAUUCCUGGUACGAAGAUGGCCUUUGCUGGUCUUAAGAAGGAAAAGGACAGGAAUGACCUCAUUACAUGGCUCAAGAAGGAGACGGCUUGAGAUGUUUGGAUGUUGGACACGUCUUAAUAUUAUUGAUAGACGAUAUUCUACUGCUCUGAUCCUAGUAUUUAGAUGGGUGAACACGGUUCUUGGUUGCACUUGCAUAUUCCCCUCUCCACUCAUCCCACAAUAUAUCCAUCACUAUUCAGCACUUUGUUGUCCGGCAUGCUGGAAAUUCAUGAUUACGAGUUUCCAGAUCUUUAGUUUUUACAGAGUUCCGCUUUUGGUAAUUCUUGAUAUCGCAAGUCGCAAGUUCAGUA